AUGUACGUUCCUAGCCAGUAUCGCGAGGAAGAUUGGGAUCAGGCUGCUUAUUUGGUCAAAACGUACCCGUUAGCCACACUAAUUACUACAGAUUCCAACGGUCUAAUCAUUGCCAACCAUAUUCCAUUUUUUUUAAAGACAGACACAGAGAAUGGCGGCAAAAAGUUAUUAAUUGCUCACAUUGCCAAAUCAAAUCACCAACUCCCUUCCUUACAAUCAAACUCUAAUGUCUUGGUGAUUUUCCAAUCUGCCAACUCAUACAUUACCCCCGACUAUUAUCCCGGCAAACCAGAAACCCACAAGUAUGUACCCACUUGGGAUUUUGCCAGUGUGCACAUUUAUGGAAGCUCAAAGGUAAUUGACGAUUUUGAUUUUGUAAGAGACCAAUUGAAUAAUUUGACAAACCAAGAGGAAAAGGCACAGAAGAAAGAAGGCGAAAAGGCAUGGAAAGUCAGCGACGCACCAGAGGGGUAUUUAAAAGUUAUGCAAAGAGGUAUUGUGGGAUUGGAAAUACAGAUUGAGUCGUUUGAAUGCAAGUACAAAUUUGAGCAAGAAAAGAAAAGUGCUGAUACUGAAGGUGUGAUUAAAGGUUUAGCCUUGGAUGGGAAAACACAAUUGUCAAAAUUGGCAGUUGAUGCAAAUGCUAGAGCCGACCAAAAGAAGGCGUUAAAAGCGUCGAAUACACUGUGA